UCGAAACUGUUCCUGUGCUCAUACAUACAUAUACUGUUGUGGAAUUUUAUCAAGUUAUUUACAAAAUGUUUAUAAAUUCAAGAAAAACCCUUUUUCGCCUUGGACACCAUUUUCCUACUUUAAUAAAUCGUUCCGAUACCUUUUUCCAAAAGUAUCCUGGUUCCCAACUGCUUAACAAUAGUGCACCGACAGAAACUUACUCUGCUCCUGAGACAAUUCCUAUUCCGGUCAACGUAGAUGCGGCUGAAACCACCCGUUUUUCUCCACAUCGGUCGAGGGAUAUUUCCUCCAUUCGCGCACAUUCAUCAUCGCAAAUUGACAUCACUAAUAGUUACGACAAUAAGUGUGUGCCAGAAAUAGCUAAUACUAAUUUUGAAGUAAAAUUUCACAUACAAUCAUAUGAUUGUAAUGGAUCUAUUAGCCUAAAUUCAGUUAUGCAAAGUAAUGUCCCAACUCCAUUCGAAGGAAUUCAUAAGAUAUCGCAUUUAAAUAUGCCUGGAGGCCAGUGGUCGCAAGAAUGCAAGUUUACAUCGCAAAGUUUGCAAAAUUCGCACUAUACCUGCCUUCGGGAUAAUGCCCGCGCAAACUGGGCGGAUUACCAAGAGACGCCGUACAGAAGAAUCUAUUGCUACUGUAGAGCGAAGCAUUGAGGAAGACACGAAUAAGUCCAUCCGCCAUCGAGCAAAGAAGUUGAAUCUGUGGAAGAUCUUUUAUGCAAGGAUGGAAGAUAUAUGGAAGAUUUUUCGUAAGGAUCUUGGUUUGCAUGCUUACACAAUCCAACUCGUGGAAGAAUUGAAGCCAAACGUUCAUCAAGCAAGGCGUAUUUUUGUCGAAUGAGCCCAAAACGAGAUUGCCAUUGUUACUGAUUUUCAUAAGCGAAUUUUGUUUAGCGCACUUUUGGUUGAAUAUUAACGCCAAAAAACAAAACUGCCCCAUUUGGACUGAACCUACCCUAGGGUGUAUGUCAAAACACCGUUACUGCUUCAAGUCAAUCCAGAACGUUACAUUCAAUGAUGAUAGAGCCAUGAAUAUAAAUUUGUUCAUUCCUGAACUAAAAGCUAGAUUUCUAGAAGCUGAACUUCCAAUAAGACGGCGCAACAUGUCACACAGCUUGUGCCACAAUCGAUUUAUUGAAUGACACGUUUGGUGACCGACCUGUUUUAGACCUGUAAAUUGGCCUCCAAGCAAGAUCGUGUAAUUUAACACCGCUAAACUACUUUCUGUGCGGCUAUGUAAAAUCAUUGGUCUAUUUGGAAAAGCCACAAACGCUUGACCAGUUGGAAGACAACAUUCGCUCUGCUAUUGCCGAUAUACGGCCACAAAUAUUGGAAAAAGUCAUCGAAAAUUAAGGGGACCAUCCCCCAUUCUCGAUUUCAAUUUUGACGAUUUUUAAAAAUUUCCUUUUUUUCAGCCACAAAUCAAGUUGAAAAGUAAAGAAGAUCUUCACCGAUUUAGUUUAUCCUAUUUUAUACCAGAGCUAUAUAUGUAUAGAAUAACGUAUACAAAUUUUGAACCGAUUGGAUUAUUACGUUUUGGGUAACCUCAUGCGCCAGUCGUAAAAACACUGUUUCGAGAAACACGAUUUUAAAAGUUUGAGACGGCUCUCGCCGUCGCUUCCAUAAUAAAUCGGCUAUAUCAGGGGUGGGCA